AUGCACGCUCGGGAGCCGCUGCCUGUGGUGGGAACCACCGCUGUGAUUGGGCUUGCCAUAAACGGGGUUCAACCUGGUGAAGCCGGAGAAAAGCCUCCGUAUGGAAGCCACGCUCUGCUUUUUGCUGAGUCUCUUCAUGGUGACGACGUGACCUUCGUUGAGGAAAAACUCCAAGCUGCCUUGUCUUCGGGUACCCCUUUUUCGGAUAUGGCAGCAAUCGCUGGUGAGGCAGCCUCAUUGAUAUCGUGGAGUGAAUGUUCUCGCUUCUGCAGUGGAGGCAUACAAACGGCCAACAGCGCGCGAGCACUCGAGUUGGCUGUUGAGGGAUUGCGUCGUGUUUUUUCCAGCAGUGGCGAAUGGUCCGACUCCUAUGUCGACGAGGUGAAGAACAGGGUAGCCCAGUUGACAAUGGAGGGAAUAGAGGGUAACCCAGCAGCAGGCCAGCCGAAAACUCGCCCUUGCAAUACAUUUGCCUGCCCUUUUGAAGUGCCAUCAGAUUUGAAGACUGCAAAUUUGCAGAUUGCGCGGGAGGCGGAAUUGGUAGCUUCCUUCGGAGUUGUCCCUCAGGUAGACUUUACUGAUUGGUGCAAGGAUCGGCUGAUGCUGGAUCAGCUCGAUCAAGAGACCUGGACUGCAAGGCGCACUGAGCACGAAAACUACAGAAAGGUGCAAGAGCGUGCAGGGGAAGUUCCAGGUUGGGAAGCUACUGUUCUUGCUCCAAAGCAGCUCAACCUGUACAGUUGCAUUACUCUUUGUCGAUUGCACCACAAGUGCAAUGCACUAACCUAUGCCAAGGAUAUUGAUCCCAUGGAAGCGGCUAAAGGCGAAAGCGUUUUCGAGGGCGUCAAAGGGGACGCCCUGACUACGCUAAAAACUGUGGUGGAUAGUGUAGGUUCUGUUGUUAAAAGUCUGGAUGAAAAUUUGGCCAAACUCUCUGCACUAGAUGCGAAUUCGGUGAAGCUGGAUUCGCAGAGCGGAAGUCCGGUAUGCACAUUGUACACAGGCGUGAAGGUGUCACGCGUUGCGGAAUGUGGAACUGAGCCGACGAAAAGGGCAGGCAAGGACACCCUGAGUUUGCUCAUACUAAAUCUAGACACAAACUUUGGAGAUGUUGCCCGUCUAAUGCGCAUUUCUCUGGUUCAACAGCAAGCGAGGAUGAGGGAAGCGCUGAGUGAUGCAAAUCUCGUACUCAGCAAGACAAGUACCAACAAAUCACAGGCCGUCAACGUUCAGCACAGGGCAGAGCGACUAAUGGCACGGUUAAUAAAGGCUAGCCAGCGAGCACAAACGGCUAGUCAUAUCCUCUCUGAGGCUGCUAAAGUGAUGGAAGGAGCCGCUGUAGAUGCUGUCAAAGCCCUACGCGCCGCGCAGUCUGAGGAAGAGUCGGCCGCACAGACUUCUCUACUCAAUUCCGGCGCUACCAAAAGUUCUGUUACGCUUACAAACGGCUUGCGACAAGCAUUUUAUUCAGCAACUCCUCUAUGCGCAUCUGAUUCAGUUUUCUCAGGCGUAGAGCUGUUGAACCGUGGCUGCGCGCAACUCCCCGCCUUGCAAACGCACGCAUCAACGCUGACCGCAAGUUCGUCUGUGGAUGCCACCAAGAAACAGCAGACUAUAAAAGAGGCCAGUUUGAUGACAUGGCAGAAUUGUCGAGAGGUGUUACAUGAUGUUACUGAGAACUUAGAAGGGUACCGCAGUGCGGUUUCUAGGAUAAAGGCGUCGGGGGAAGAAGACGCCCUCGAUGCAGUACAGGAAGCGAAGCGAUUGGUGCCACAAAUACUGGGGCUGACGGCAGAGGAGACUGCGAAGCUUUCUUUACCCGACAUUUCCGAUCGUCUCCAAGCAGAAACAGGUUUCAUGAGCAAGGACUUUGCGAAGCUUCUCGAUGAGAAGGAUAAUCUCGAACUUCGUAGACAGGUUGUAGAGCGUUUGGGUGAAGGGACUGGCACUGUCUUUGCUGUUUUUGACACGGCUAAGCGAGUUUGUGAGAUAAGAGCCGUGUUCGAGCCACGUCGCGCGGAAAAUGGCAACACAUUAGGUGCCCAGUUUCCCACUGCCUGUGCAUUAUUCAGUCCCUUCUCCUUGUUGUUCCUGCCUGCAGAAAGUAGCGAUUCUGGCAGCACUGCUCCGAAAGCAAAGGGAUCUAACGGCGACGUAGGGACGUGCGAGGACGUCCCGUGCACAUACUCUCCAUGGACUUCGUGGUCGCCGUGCGAAGACAUUUAUCAAGUCGAGGCUUACAAUGCGGGUGACAGGAGGAACAGCACACAGGUUGAAUCGGAUGGCGCAGGCCCACAUAGACCAGCAAUGUGGCAAGUCCGUGUCAAGGAGACGCUGGCACGCCCCAAGAUGACGCCGCAGUGCAAUGCAGCACUUGAAACUCAGCUAUGCAAGGACAGGAUAACAGCAGGAACUGAAGCUUCAGGACUGAUGGGUGGAUUCACUGCUGCCAUUACCAAAUCGAUUUCAAGUUGGUGCAUUUAUGGCCCCUAUUCGGAAUGGAGUGAGUGUUCCCCGCAAUGCGCCUCUGGUGGCACCACAUCAGUUAGUGCUUCCCGGACCCGCACACGCGCUCCGCAACAGCACCCAGUGCCAGGCCUGGCACCCAAAUGCGACACAGCUUCACUUAAGAUGCAGAAAUCCUGUGGGCCGAUUCCCAAUUGUUCAAGCGAGGAAGUUGAGGAAGGCAGAGUUGAUGAGGCAGGUGACGGUUUCGAAAGAGGGAGCCACAUAGCUUAUUCUGCCAUUCAUCUGCAUUCCUAUGGGAGGGUGGUGGGAACUGAAGCGUCAAGUAGUGGGCGUAUGCUUUUCAAUUCACUAUCUAAGAGUAGCAGGAGCUUCCAAGCAAGAAUUCCCCCGAACAGCGAUUACGAUGCCUACGUAGCGGAUCCGGAUCCGCAAGUUCGAGGCGACAACGCACACGCAAAGCCGAUUGAAGACGUCCAACAGCGUUUCAUGGACAAAUCUGGCCUAAUUGGAGAUCUCAGGCCAGGUGAAACAGUAGGACUGCACUUGAAGAACUCUGAUGAGGCGGCGGUUUUAGAAGAUGAACCAGUGGCCACCGCCAAGGAGUCGGCUAUCGCUGGAGACGAGGGCAGCCAGAACCCUGAUGGUGGGGUGCUACCUGUUGUGGAAGUUGCCUCAGAGGACGACGAUACUAUUGACUCCGCACUGGGAGGGUAUACCAUUGGGGUGCCUUUCAUCGAAGGAGGCAAAACACAGAAUCUUACACUCAAUGGGAGUAGUGUUGAGGCGCCUUCAACCGAAGACGAGCGUCCACAGGAUCCUUCUAUAGUGAAACAAGCACGCGACCAACCGGCGACGAUCCCAUACGACUCGCCUUUCAUUGAAUAUGCACCUGCACCUAUUGCUGAGGAAAAUCAUGGGUCUACUGAGUUGUCACACCCCCAAAGCGAUCAUUGGACUAACGCGCAUGACUCAUCCCUUAGUGGAGAUACGCCUGCUCCUUCACCGGGAACCAGUAACAGUGCCUGGCGAACCUCAGAGGGCUUCCCGGUUGAUUCCAAACCUGCUAUGGAGGCUCGCGUGGAGUCUACUCAGCAUACGCCAGAGGGCGAUACAGCAGCUCCAGAAUCUUUUUUCCUUGGGCUUUCCCGCUUCAGCUUUUUUGGCUGCUGCUUAUUUGGUGCUCUUGCCUCCACAGUACUAGUGCUAAUUGCAGUCGUGUGCAGCAGGAGGAUUCGAUCUUGGCUAGGGUACGAUUGGUCUGGGGCGACAGAAGAAGAGUGCAUGGCACUCUUGAAGAAGCAGGCUGAUUCACACUCUCUACCUGCUGCUGCACCUCUCGUUAAUCCUGACGGUAUCAAGGUGUUGAAGCCUGAUGGGGAGCCCUUGGUAGUAACCCCUUGCCUGAAUCAUUCAGGAGGACAGUAUGUGACCACCGAUGGAUCUAAGGUUUUUGUCACAUUGGAAGGCGGCUUUGUUAACAGCUGGGGGAGGCCAGUUCAAGCCAAUGAUGUCCCAAACGCACUGCUUGCAAGUGUAAAUGCAAAGAUAAAGGCAGAUGCGGCUCAGCCGAAGAAACCCUUUCCGUCCAGACCGAUUCCAAAAACCAGUGAAGCACAGGAGCAAGCGA